GAAACACUACAAACUCAAUGAUUCAACCCGAGCUCACGCUGUCGGUAUGAGUCCUGACAAGUACAUGUCUUACAGCUCCAUUAAGUUUUCGAUCAUACCCCCGCAUUAUCUACUUACCCCACAAUUAUUCACCUCAUUGCCGUGAUUCAUUACCAUCUCCCUGCACUCGCACUCGCAUUCACAUUCAAGAAAGGAGUUCAACUACAACGCAGCGAAGAGGAGAAAUGAUCGGUUCGAUCGAUUUGAACACACAAAAUCGUAAGGCGAUGACCACGUGGGAUGACACACUCGGGGUUUGCCAUCGCCAAUUAUAAAGGUCGUCUGACUGAUCUGAGAAAUCUAAACUCUUGCUCUCCUUUCUUCUACUCACUAUACCAGCAAAAUCAACAUGAACCGAGACAAUAAUGAAAAGGACGAUUCCGUGAAACACUCUCAACCAAUUCCGAUGGCUACUCAUCACUGGAGGCACCGCUCCAUGUCUGUUUCCUCGGAAUCAUCAACUUUACCUGGUUCUCCUCCGACUCCAUUGAGUCUAAACUCUCCACAUGUUCCGGUUGCCUCCCCAUCCAGUUCUCCCAUCCUUUCGUUUCUCUCCCAAUCUCCAACCUCAAAAUCCCCAUCUUCGGUUCCUUACCGCGGCUUUGGUGGUCAACCUUCAUUUGAUGAAGACGCCCUCGACGAACUUCCAGCAUCUGUUCAUUCCCGUUGGGCUGGUGCAACUGGGCGGUUUGCGCCCACUCCACCUGCCCCUGAAGCCCAGACCGACCGUGGAGCUGGGUUGUUAAGGCGUCUAUCUCUCGGAAGCGCACUCGCAAAGCCUCCAAACAUGGAUAAUACGAGCUCUCAAAGUCCCACGAUCCCUACUGCUCCACCUAACUCCGCAGUCUCCCCUGCCACAACAACUUUACCCUCAUUUCCGGUUCGCAAGGCAAGGCGCUCGGCAACGGUGAGCAUUGACACUGGUCGCCGGCAUCGCGCCCCUUCUCCCAUGGGCGAGAGGAUCCUCAAGGGUCAUUUCGACGGCUUCAAUUAACAGGCAUUAUGCCCACAAUCUCUUCGUCUUAUCAUAUACCCCUUGGGCUCUCGCGCGAACACUUUUCUCAAACUGUACCAACAAUAAUGGCCUUAUCGGAGUUUCAACAAGUUCUCGGUUAUGUCAACAACUAGCUCAACCCUAAUGCGCUCUUAUAUCUAUCGGUUGGCUCAUAUCACUCUGUUCAAACUCACUCCCAACUUGUA